AUGUUGACUCAGCCUAACAAAAUUGUUCCCAACACGAUUUUAAUGAAUGGCUCCACUUUAUAUGAACAGGAGGUCAAUUAUAAACAAGAAGAAUGGGGCGACGAGGACGGAGAAUUCGAACUAGAAGAAGAAGAAAUUCAAACAGAAAUUUCGGAAAAUGGCACUGUGCAUAUAAGUUCUGUUCAAAACACGAAUGUGAUUGAACACACCAAACAAAACGAGGUUGUCAACCAAAAUUUACUUUCACCUCAAAACUCAAAUUCAAAAAAGAUAACUUAUGUGUCGUCAACACAAAUUAUGAGUUUGCAGUCACCCUUAUCAAAUAAUUUACAUACAACAAAAUAUGGUCGAAAGGUUCAUAAACCUGUAAUAUUCACCCCAGAAUCAAAGCGAUUAUCUCAAGAAAAUAAAAAAGCUAUGCCUAUUAAAUCAAUAGCUAAGCGUCAACGUAACUUACAAGAAACUUCAACAUUGACACCACAAAAUUCUUUGACAAUUAAUACUUUAAGUAAUGCAUUAUCUGAAGGAGAAACCAAAGUAACUAUUGACGCGAAAGAUUCACAACGUUCUGUUUCAGACGAUAUUGUUUGUACUGUUUGUCAUGACGGACGAUCUCCAAAAAACAAUCGCAUAGUUCUCUGUGACAACUGUGACAUUCCCUUUCAUCAACAAUGUCAUAAUCCAUACAUAGAAGAUCGCGUCGUGGAAAUACCUACCGCCGAAUGGUUAUGUUCAAAGUGUGAAGAAAUACAACGAGGUCGCAAACGAAGAAAAGUUGAAAAUGGAGACACUGAAUCACGAAAUGAAACUAGUAGUGCCACUUCUAAUAAUGUUAAUGAUAUUCCAUGCGAUAUUUCUGGAAGUGGAUUAACUGAAACGCAGAAAAUAGCUUAUUUAUCUUCUUUACCACAACGAGUUUUAAUUGACCUUAUUCUAAUUGCUGAAAAAUUACACCCUGAUCUUCCUUUAUAUCCUGCGGAUGUCAGAGAAAAAAUUAGAUCAUCCUCAUCUACACCAAACGAUAAUCUUUUAAAUGUAAAUAAUCAGAUGUUGUCAACAACUCUCCCACCUAAUCAAUCAUUUACACCACAAGAUUCAAAUACACAAAUGACACAGAAUAAUCAAACAGAUCCUUCACGUGCGCAUUUACCAGUUGUUGGAGUUGAUCUCCCAUCUUAUGAGGAAAUGAUUGUUCAAGCACUUGAAUCGAUUGCAGAUCCCGCUGGUAGCGCACCUCGAAGUAUCUUUGAUUGGAUGAAGAGUACAUAUCCUUUGCAUAAGAAAUUCCGUGCAUCAGCUUCUCAAGCUCUGCAAAAAGCCGUCAAAAAAGGACGCGUAUUCCGUAUCGGCACUGUAUAUAAACUAAACCCCAAUUAUAAACCCGUUAAGAGAAUUCGCAGAUACUUUAAGAAGCCACAAAGUCCUAAAGAGGAUCAAUCUAAUAAAGUUGAUGUUGGGCAAGAUGAUCAAGAUAAUCAAGAUAAUCAAGAAAGUCAACAUGAUAUAUAUGAAAUCGUCUCUAGAUUAGAUGAUUUUGAUAAUUUUGGCUCCGUGCAAAGAGUAAAUAUCGAUGAUCAUCCAAACCUUUCUUCUUCAGCCGAAUCAACUUCAGUUUCCCAUGCCGUUUCAAAUGGCCAUACCGAAGUGACUUCUCCUGAAGAAACUUUACAAAUGGAUGAUAAAUCUAACAAGGUAGUAUCAUCAAUGAUCAAUGAAUCUUCUAACGUGAUGGAUACGAUUAUGCAAAAUCAAUCAAUAUUGCCUCCAGUACGAGGUCACGGUGGACCUUCGACAUUACUUCCUCCACCAGUGCAACCAACGUUACCUUCCUUGAGUUCUGUGGCUCCUUAUUUUAAUCCGGGGUACAAUGGAAAUAAAUCAUAUCCAUCAUAUCAAUAUACACAAUCAUCCAAUACUUACAAUGCUAGCCUUCCUGUCAUUUCCCCAUUGUCCCGUGAUGAUGAAAAUAUACAGAAUCGGGAUGUUAGUCCCACUCUCAGCGAAGAAGAUGUUAUCAAUGAAAUGAAUAAAAUGGUUGCUUUUAUUAAACAAGAGGCGAUGGAAAAGGCUGUCGAAAUCAAAUCCAAGGCCGAAGAAGAAUUCAAUAUUGAAAAGGCCAAACUUGUCCGCCAAGAAACCAUCAAUAUUGAAACUGCUUUUCAAAGAAAAAUAAAACAAGUCGAAGUUCAAAAAAAAAUGUAUAAUAACUUUCUUCAAGCGCGUCAAGAAUUGCUUGAGGAACUUUUCAACGAAGCAAGGACUCGGCUUAAGAAAAUUUCUCAAUACAGUGAUUUAUUAAAAGACUUAAUAUUACAAGGACUUUUUCAACUUUUGGAUGAAAAUGUAACAAUUUUUGUUAGACGUUGCGAUUUAAAUGUAGCAAAAGAAGCUAUUGACUCGGCGCAAAAGGAAUUUGCUAAAUCUACUGGUUUAUCAGUUAAGAUUGAUAUUGAGGAUGAAAAUUUCUUACCAGAUGAUAGUGCGGGAGGUGUUAUUUUAACAUCACAUUUUGGUCGGAUAAGAAUUGAUAAUACACUUGAAGAAAGAUUAAGAUUGGCUCAGGAAGAGGUAAAAUAA